AUGGCGACCUCCUACUACUCCGUCGACGCCAUCCUCACAGACUCGCAAAAGGCGCCCUGCACAUUCGAUCUCUCCGUCCCGCACCUCACUGCGCUCAACAACGGAUCCGGGAUCGAGAAUGGGAUGAAGCUGGAACUGCCGCUCUGGAUGGCCGACAUGCUGGCGUUGUCGAAACCGGCGGGACCUUCUUCUUCUUCACUGGUUUCGCUGGAUAUGCCUGCGGCACUUGGUCCUCGAGUGAUCAACGCUUUGAAGGCGGAUCCUAAGUCGGUCGAUGUCAAGGCCCAGGCGAGGUGGUUUUACGGUCUGGGAGAGAGGAUGCUGGAUCUUUUUGAUGAGGAGGAGAUGAUGGAGGUUCUGAACGAUACGUUCAAGCAGCGAGCGUUGGAGAUUGCAGACAAGGCGGCCAACACCCGGACGACGCAACAAGGAGGCGAUGAGUUUUUAAGAGGCCUGGAUGAGAAUGAGAGACGACUGUUUCGUGCUGCCCACAAUGGCACCAACGAUGUGAAGAAGUGGUUCGACAGCUCAAGUCGCGCGUGA